GCAUUGGCAGGAUGCCAGCCUCUGGCACGGCAAGAAUGACAGCCACUCGUGGGUGCUACGACGGCGGCACGGGCAGUGCUCCGGCGCACGCUCCUUGCGCUAGUCGGUCCGCGGCCCUUGCAAGCGCGCCACGCUCGGCCUAUGCUUACCGGUGUUACCCUGUUUAAUGAAAUUACAAACAGUGGUGCCUUGUGAACUUCUAUAUAAUACAAGACAUCUAUAUAAUCAGUCGUCUCACCUCGCUGCUCGUCUUCUAAAGGAAUGUGGACUUAAUUACAUGGGCUACAAGUGACAAUGUCAAGUGGCAUGGAGGUCGGGGUGAACCAGCAGCUGGGCCGCGCGCACCUGUCGCACCUGCCGCAGCGGCCGCCCGUCGACCUGAGCUUCCAGGACCUGACCUACACCGUGCAAACUGGACGAAGUUCUAAGCUCAUCCUUCGCGGGAUCACCGGCGAGUUCCGCUCGGGGCAGCUGACGGCCAUCCUCGGGCCAUCCGGAGCCGGCAAGAGCACGCUGCUCAACAUACUAGCUGGAUACAGAGUAAUAGGCGCUAGCGGGCAGAUAUGCACUAACGGCGAGCCCCGAAACUUGCGGCAGUUCCGCAAACUGUCUCGAUACAUCAUGCAAGAGGACUUGCUGCAGCCCCUCAUCACCGUGCAGGAGGCCAUGGCCAUAGCGGCGGACCUCAAGCUGGGGUCUGAAGUUAGCAGGAAAAAGAAAGGAGUUAUUGUAGAAGAAAUUGUGCAGUUGCUACGGCUAAGUAAGGCGCGCGACACGGCGACAGAGCGGCUGUCGGGCGGCGAGCGCAAGCGGCUCGCCAUAGCGCUAGAGCUGCUCAACAACCCGCCCGUCGUGUUCCUCGACGAACCUACCACUGGGCUUGAUGACGUGGCUUCCUCAACGUGCGUGUCGCUGCUGAAGCGAGUGGCGCGUGGUGGGCGGACUGUGGUGUGCUCACUGCAUACGCCCUCUGCGCGGCUGUUCGCGGAGUUCGACCACGUGUACGUGGUGGCGGACGGCCGCUGCGCCUACCAGGGCACUUCGGCUGGUGUCGUGCCCUUCCUCAACGAACUCAACCUGAUAUGCCCAACGACCUACAACCCUGCUGACUUUGUGAUAGAAGUGUCAAGCGGCGAAUACGGGUCGCACGUAGACCGCAUGGUGGCUGCGGUGGAGAACGGGCGCAGCCAGCGCUGGCGCGACUACGCCGUCGCGGCCUCGGACCGCGACGACAUCGAACAGCUCAACGCCGGUGGCGUCGAGGAACACAACUACACGUACGGCAGCACCUCAACACAGCAGUUUUGUAUACUGCUGAGGCGGAUGCUGCUACAGACUUUCAGAGAUCGGGGCUACCUGCAGAUCCGCGUGGGCCUGCACCUGUUCCUGGGCUUCAUCAUCGGCUUGCUGUUCAGUAGGAUGGGCUACGACGCCUCCAAGACAAUAUUCAACUUCGGUUUCUGCUACGCCUGCAUUAUCGCCAUGUUCUACAUUCCUAUGAUGCCCGUGCUUUUAGCUUUCCCAACAGAGGUUCAAUUGGUGAAGCGGGAGUACUUCAACCGCUGGUACGGUCUGAAGCCGUACUACGCGGCGCUGGUGGUGUCGCGCACGCCGGCCACCGUGGCCUUCAGUCUGAUGUACCUCUGCAUCACCUACCCGCUCACCUCGCAGCCCAUGGAACUGGACCGGAUUCUCAUGUUCACGUCUAUUUGUAUCGUGGUGGCGCUCAUCUCCGAGUCUAUGGGGACGGUUAUAUCGUCGACGUUAAAUGUAGUUAACUCGGUGUUCAUGGGCCCAGCAUUGAGCGUGCCUCUGAUGUUGCUGGCGGUGUACGGCAUCGGGUACGGCGACACGCCGGCGCCGCUGUUCUGGCGGCUGGCGCGCGCCUGCUCCUUCAUGCGCUACGGGAUCGAGGGGCUGGUGGUAGCCAUCUACGGUCCGCCACGGGAUGACCUCAUAUGCCCAGACCACGUAGACUACUGCGAGUUCAAGAAUGUCAAGUUCUUCGUUAAGCUGAUGGGCAUGUCAGGCGUCUCUUUCUGGACAGACUUAGGCGUGCUGUUGCUGAUGCUCUGCGCCAUGAACCUGGCCGGCUACUACCUUCUGCGGCAGCGGCUGUCGCCCAACUACGCCUUCCGGGGCAUCAAGAUCAUCGGAAGGUUCAUCAAGACGAAGAUGAGUAUUUCGCCCUAUUAAGUAAUAGUAAAUAAAUAAAAAUAGAAAACGCAACGUCAGUUGAUCUGCCAGAAAGACAGGGAGAAGAAGAAGAAGACUGGGGUUGGGAAGAACUUGAACUUGCCGAUUGUUACCUGGAGCUUUAAGCGUAAUUUUAAUGGACUAGAAAUGAACGUAUUGUCUUCAAAGAAUAUGUAUUGUUAAGGUUGGGUGAGACUGAAUGGACUUAAAAAAUCGAUAUAUAACUAGAUAUGUAAGUAAACAAGCCUAUAUUUUUAAGCUCGCGGUAUUGUGUGAAUAAUUCGUAUCGGCAAGGACAAACAAAUCAAGAAAGAAAGCUUCGGCAGAAAUGUGUAGAAAUAUUUUAGUGGGUGGGGGAAAGUUAGUAGACUGGGGAAAAUACGUCCAUCAACCAAGAGCCUCUGCUUUUUCUCUCUCCUCUGUUGCUAAGGGAAACAUCAUGAGGAAACCGCACUAAUCCCAUCCCAAUAAAGCCUGGAUUCCUCUAUGGGUUGAAAGAUGACAUAGCAGUCGCAAUGCUUGCCCCAAUUUUGUGAAUAAGGUUACCGAGCGAACCCCAGGAUCCCUUAGUAGGCCGGGGGACAACGUUUGGUAGGUGUUGAGAAAAAGAAAAGGAUAGGUUGGUAUCUACCAGAAUUUUAUACAAAGAUAACUUGCAAUCAUGUUUCUGUAAAUUGCAUUUGGCAUGAGUAGUUGAUAUCAAUGUGAAUAGCGUUUUAGGUUUUUACUUCCAAAAGUCCGCUUUAGGCCGCUGAACAUUACGUGGUUAUGAAUGUUAUCAUGUCCCUACUUGCAAGAGGCAGUGUAUUGCUGAACAAACAUGAUAUUUAUAUUUAUUAGUUAUGUACCUACAUCACACUUCCCAAUGUAACUUUAAAGAAACGUUCCUUAUUGAUUGGUGGCUUUGUCUUGUUGUAAGCAAUUUUUGUGAUAAUUUAUUUUUAAAUAGACGGUUCUUAUCUUAAUUAGGUAUGAAUACAUAAGUUAUAUGUGCCAAAUACGGGAACGCAAAUAACAUGUAUGUAGUUUAGAAGAUUUUAUAGUUAUUUUUAUAUCAAUAAAAUACAUUAAAAUGUAAAUAAAUAAUAUCAUGUAUACAGUAUGUAAAGUACUGAGUAACUUUUAGUAUGGGACCAACCCCGAAAUCACGAAAUAAAAUUAGGCUAUUUUGCACAUUUUGGUUGGUCUCACGUUGAAAUGUUCUAUGGGAGAGUCCAUUUUUUUUCGCGAUUUCGGGGUUCGCCUGAUAAUAAAAGAUGCUCAGUAUGAACAAAAUAUUAACGGGUUUGUGCAAAUGGUUUUAGUUAAUAUACAUACGGUGUACAGGGUGUUUAUUUAGUGAUCUGCAAUAAUUUACGGGGUGAAUAUAUAGGACAUACUGAGCAACUUUUACUAUGGGACCAACCCAGAAAUCGCGAAAAAAAAAAUACUUCCUAAUUACUCUCCCAUAGAAAAUGACAACGUCAAUUUUUUUCCUAUAUAUUCACUCCGUAAAUUAUUGCAGGUGACUAAAUAAACACCCUGUAUCUUAAUUACCUAUACUAAUAUUUUUUGUAUUGUGUGUUGAUAAUACUGUGAUUUCAAAAAAUCUCUUGAUAUAAGUGAAAUUGUACACUAUUACACUAACAACAUUGUCCACGCCCUGUUUUAUCUAACCGCCAGCUCCGGUUUCCAGCCUUAGGUAUAAAUAUAAGUUUGGCAAGAGUCGCAUGUCAGUGGCGCAUUAGCAGAGAUAACCAUAUAGUAUUUUUAUGCUAGUAUUGGGCUACGUUUCCACCAGAGAUAUGCGAGGUAGCUGAGCGGUACGACGAUGUGUAGCGACGGUGUGUAGGGGCUCUUUUCAAAUAAUCGGGCGAGGUGCGGUGAGGCGGGAGCGAAGCUUUUUAAUGUUUUUCGCUCGCGUCCGCCGCAACACCACUCGCAACACAUUCCUCGCUCACAUUCUUCACUUGUUUUGUAUACUGUCCAAAAACCUCGUUCCGCUGAGCUCUUUCCUCAAAAGCUUUGCUGAGCGGGGAUAGGUAAAUCAAGCGUUUCUAUUGGUUCACGAGCUAUGACAAACACAUUCCUCGCUACGCAUCCUCGCAAAGCUUUGGUGGAGCGCAGCCUUAUAACCCCAAAUUGGAAUAGUUAUUUGAGUUAAAACUGUUUUCAUGGUACACGUAGCGGGAAAGUUUUUUUUUUUCGCUUUUACCCUGUAGUGUGGGGUGACGUUGGACAGGUCUUUUAAAACGAAUAGGGGUCUUACAUUUUUUUUUGAUAACGUGAAUAUUUUCGUAAAUAAUCGAUCCGAAAAAAAAAACAAAUUGUGUCCUCUAAUCUAACUUUUGAACCAUUGGUGCAAAUAAUUUGACAAAAAUAGUGAAAAUGGGGCUUGAUAGAGACAUUCAAUGAAAACUAUAGCUGACAUCAUCAGUUAAGCCAUUUUUGAGUUUUCGCAAAAAAGCUUCCCUUCAUAUUAAAAUGUAACUCCAUAUUCAUAUUAAAAACACGUAGAAAGCGCUGUAAAGGUACUCCCUUUUGCUUGUUAUGUACUAUGAUGCUUAAUAAUAGCAUGCUGCGGAACAUGUUCUUGGCUGGUUUUUGUAAUUCGGUUCAAAAGAUAUGUAAGCAAAUUAUUGCGUGUCUAACGAUAAAAAAAUCACCGACUAUACGGCGACGCGCAAAUACAUGUUGCUGAUAAGGAGUAUACCUACCUGUCUGUACUUUUACCUAAUGAUAGAUUACAUUGACUACUUUCUUCAUUAUUUAAGAGCAAUUUCUUUCUUUCUCUCUUAAUCUGAAUCUUACUGUCCCCAUACAAAAUUAUAUGGCAAAAUCACCCGUCCAAAUUGUGGGGUAAUCAGGCGCGGAUACAAGAUUUGGCUUAGGGGGGGGCCAUUUUGAGAAAAUCAUAUAUUUUUGCACAGAAAAUAAGGUAAAAAAAAAUUUACUCAAUUUAGUAAUGUGAGAGCCAGGGUUUUAGGGGGGGGCCAUUGCCCCUAUGGCCCCCCCCUUGUAUCCGCGCCUGGGGGUAAUUUGAAGUUGUGAAUCCAUAGUGGAAGCACGGACUUCUGAAAAAGUUUCAUGACUCCACACUGGGAGCACCCAGACAAAAACGUGCUAUUUUAUGAUGCUUCGUAUUUUGUGUGUGUGUGUGUGUGUGUGUGUGUGUGUAAAUUGUACCUAGUUGUGAAUGAAAAAUUUAUAGGAAUGUAAAUUUCUUAUUUGUAUGGUUUUUGUUUGGAUACUUAAUAUUGUAAGAAAAUAAAACCAAUUAAUUCAUCA